AUGACGAAAAAGAAGUUUAGAAAACCUAUAAGAGGAGAAGGAAAAAGUUUUUCGGCAAACUUAGUAUUAGAUGAAGAAGGAACAUUAGUACCAGGCAGUGCUUCUAAGACUUGGAAAGAAGCUAAGGAAUCGUCUAGUAGUUCAGAUACAGACAACAAUUUUGAAGAAUCAGAUACAACAGAUUCAGAAGUGCCGUCUUUUCAUUCUACUCGUAAAAAAGAAAAGACAAAUGCACUGGAAUCUAUUAUUGAAAUAGAGAAUCCUAACCGAGUAAAGAAACAAAACUUAAAGAUUUCUGAUCUUUCAAAAAUGUAUCCACAAGAGCUAAGCAGGAGAGAACGUGAAGCUAUAGAAAAAAAGGCAGCAGAAGAGCGGUAUAGAAAGCUUCAUUCAGAGGGAAAAACAGAAAAAGCUAAAGCAGAUCUGGCAAGACUUGCAAUUGUAAGAAAAGAAAGGGAAGAAAAAGCAAGACAAAGAAAAGCAGAGCAAGAAGCUAAGGAAAAUGCAAUGAGGAAUAGGACAGAUAAAUAG